UAUUUUGGUAUCCUGCCUCUUCGAGACACCACCACCAAACGACGCCUCCUCUCGCCUUCGCCUCCCUGCCCUUUCCCUCUCCCCGUCCCCCCAGCCGACCUCAACACCCCGCUCGAUCGCCGCGGGAAGACACCGCGUGGUGGUGGAUCCGUCCCCUCUUCCCCCCUCCCCCCUUCUCACACCUUACCCCCUCACCCGCGUGCGCUUUGGUUCCUCCUCGCUUCUCCUCUCGCGUCGAAUCGCCGCCGCUGCCGCCGCCGCCACAAUCAUCCCGAGUAGCUGCCACGGGAUCCGCGUUUAGGGCUUCGCCGCCUCGUCCCUCCCGUUGUGGAUUAGAAUAAUUUCCGCGGAAUUGGUUGAUUCGCGGGUCUCGAUCUAACUUUUAGGUUUCCUUUCUUUGCCUUGCUUUCCUUCUCUGAUCCCGUAUCGAAUUCGAUCUCCGUGGUGGUGGCGAGGUUAAAAGAUUCCCCUUUCUUGGCUAGUGCCCACCGUUCUUCGUUUCCGAUUUGGUUUUAGGGUUCCUUUCGAAUAGAUAGACGUUCUUGAUACAUGCCAAAAAAACUAAGAGACUUCCUUUUUCCCCUUCAUCUGGGUGGAUCCUUCUUUCCUGACUGAAGUGCGCCCGUGAACAAUUGCUGGAAUUCUUAGAUCUUGUCGUGGCUGCUGUACCAGGGCAUCGAGGUACCCGUACUUCUGAAAUCUUUGUUCAAGCGGUCGUGUCGGCGAUGUCUUUAGGGCUUCUUCAUUUGGUUUUGUCCCGAUUGAUUCCGCUCCCUUGGUGAUCCGACUCGAAGAGCGAUCUUUUCCUAUUUAUCUCCUCGUUUGUUAUUCAGAUACGGUUCAUCUAUGCCUGGAGAUUAGGGUUCUUGAUUAUUGCUGUACUGAAGAUCUUUAGUCAUCCUCCUGUCUUUGCGUCUUAUCUUGUCAACUAUUUCCUUGAAGCUCUUUUAGAACCGUUCAUAAAACCGGAUAGUUUCGUAGUUUCACAUCUGAGAUCGUGCGAUGGGUAGUUCUGAUCAAGAGUUUAGCACACCUCCGCCUGCUUCAAGACAGUUUGGUAUAACAAAGCCGAUCUCAACAGCUGGACCUACUGAGACUGAUCUCAAGAGGACAAUUGAGCUUGAAGAAUUCCUGGUUGAUGCCGGGCUCCACGAGAUCAGUGAAGAAGCUACCAAGAGAGAGGAGGUUUUAGGAGAAAUAGAUAAGAUUGUCAAAAGCUGGGUGAAGCAGUUAACUCGUCAAAGGGGUUACUCCGAUCAAAUGGUUGAAGAGGCGAAUGCUGUCAUUUUUACAUUUGGUUCUUAUCGCUUGGGGGUUCAUGGGCCUGGGGCUGACAUUGAUACUUUAUGCGUUGGACCUUCCUAUGUUAACCGAGAGGAGGACUUUUUCAUUAUCUUGCAUGACAUUUUGGCUGAAAAGGAGGAAGUUUCUGAACUUCAGCCAGUGCCUGAUGCUCAUGUUCCUGUUAUGAAAUUUAAAUUUCAUGGAAUAUCUAUUGAUCUCCUAUAUGCCAGUAUAUCACGGUUGGUUGUUCCUCAGGAUCUGGACAUCUCCCAUGGAUCUGUGCUUUACGAUGUUGAUGAGGCAACUGUUAGAAGUCUUAAUGGCUGCAGGGUAGCAGACCAAAUUCUUCGGCUGGUGCCAAAUAUUGAGAAUUUUAGAACAGCUCUCAGAUGCUUGAAGUUUUGGGCUAAGAGGCGUGGAGUUUAUUCAAAUGUGACUGGAUUUCUUGGGGGUGUUAAUUGGGCUCUAUUGGUUGCUCGUGUCUGCCAGCUUUAUCCUAACGCUGUGCCGAGUAUGCUAGUUUCUCGAUUCUUCAGAGUUUAUACACAAUGGCGCUGGCCAAAUCCAGUAAUGUUGUGUGCUAUUGAGGAAGAUGAACUUGGGUUCCCUGUGUGGGAUCCACGUAAGAACCCACGAGAUCGAACUCAUCAUAUGCCUAUUAUUACUCCGGCAUAUCCAUGCAUGAAUUCUAGCUAUAAUGUAUCAACAAGCACACUGAGAGUCAUGAUGGAACAAUUUCAAAUUGGGAACAAGAUCUGUGAAGAUAUUGAGUUGAACAAGGCAGGUUGGGGGGCUCUGUUUGAGCCCUAUCUUUUCUUUGAGACAUACAAAAAUUAUCUUCAGGUUGACAUUGUCGCUGUUGAUGCUGAGGAUCUACGGUUAUGGAAGGGAUGGGUUGAAUCUCGGUUGAGGCAGUUGACUCUGAAGAUAGAGCGGGACACUUAUGGCAUGCUGCAGUGCCAUCCCUACCCCAAUGAGUAUGAGGAUCCCUCAAAGCAGUGUUCGCAUUGUGCUUUCUUUAUGGGCUUGCAAAGGAAACAAGGUGUGAAGAUACAAGAAGGCCAACAGUUUGAUAUACGUGGAACUGUUGAUGAGUUCAGGCAUGAAGUGAACAUGUAUAUGUUCUGGAAACCUGGGAUGGAAUUAUAUGUUUCUCAUGUCCGUAGAAAGCAAAUACCCUCUUAUGUGUUUCCAGAGGGUUACAAGAGGCCUCGUCCAUCAAGGCUCAUCUGCCAGCAGCUGGUUGAUAAAACUUCUGGUGAGGAUAUAGGGGAGGAAUGUGAAGGGGGAUCCUCAGAGCGUCGUCUUAAGCGGAAAGGUGAUGCUGAUUGCUCAGGUGCUAGACCAAAUAAACCUGAGAAACGGGCUUCAAUUAGCCCUACUCAUGAGAAACUUCCAACUACUGAUCAACAAGAUCAUGAAGAGGUGAUAUUCAAUGAUUCAGUGGAUGUUAGAGCUAAUAGUCUGAAGGACUUGAUGGCAGUUAAGGGCAUAGAGGAUUGUGUGGAAGCAUCUUGUGGAAACGACAAAGAUGAGAACGCUAGGAAGCUUGCAAAUGGGUCCUCAUUUUUGGAGUGUGGCGAAGCUUCGGCAGGAGACUUGUUUUGUAAUUCAGAGAUGAUAAAGGUGGAUCUGGAGCAGUUUGCUGGAAGUAAUUGUACCAUUGUGGGUGGCAGCCAAGAACUAGUUGACGAUGACAAACAAGGGACCAGCCCAGAGACGGAACAUUUGAAGAAUGGAUCAGCACAAAAUGGUGUGGCUGAUGUGUCGGAGGUCUUGCUUCUGGUGCAUGCUUUCCUUCUGCAACUGUCUAUAAACAAUUAUAGAUAUUAUUCACUGAAUUUGUUUUGUAUGGUUUUCUCUGUUGUACUUUUGUUUUCUAAAGCCAAACCUGGCACUUGGAGUGGCCCUCGAAGCUCAUGGAAGUGUGACUGCUGAUGCUCCGCAGAAGCCUGCUUUAAGGUUGAGUCUGACUUCAACAGCAUAAACUUUUGCGGUUGGUCAGUCAAAUUAUGUAAUGGAAGCGGCAAGUGAAGUCACCAUCUUAAUUGCCAUUUUGUAAAGCCUGAUCUGCACUUGGUGGGGUAAGUUUUACUGGACUCAUCGCAGUUGAUGUUAUGCAUGCUAACUGUUGUCACAAAGAGGGCAGCCUGCAAGGGAGGAGCAGUUGAAGCGAGCUUCUGUAACGAACUUCGCCGAGGUGUUUAUACUGUAGUCUUAUGUUUGAUCCACGAGAUGAUUUGAGCUUCAAAACUCUUCUCGGUGGAAAAAUAUUCAGAUUUCAGGCUCUAUGACAAGCCAUGGCAAUGCCUGCUGUCUGGAAUGGUGUAAUUUAAGUUUCUGAAGUGCCAGACCCUGGACCAAGGUUCUAUAUCUAGGUUUUAGAUCAAGUUAGCCUUUCUAUUUUAUUCUGUUUAUUUUAGAAGAACCCUGUGCACUUACUUGGUCACCUUGUAAAAUAAUAGUUUCUUGUAUGAGUUUAUUCUGUAUCACUACUUUCCCGUCUAAGUCAGAUUGAUGCAAGAUGACUGCA